AUGGCCACAAAAACUGACUUCUCAACGCCUGAUAUACCUCAAUCCACCGCUACAUUUUACGUCUCAGCUUGCACACGCAUCAACGCCCCUGCAAGCCUAGUCUUUCGUACCCUCCGCAACACCGAGACCUGGAAAGAUUGGAAUCGCUGGAUCCCCCGUGUAACAAUCACAUUUCAACCAGACGACGAAGAUGACGCCACGUUAGCCGAAAUCGAGGAGUUGGUGAGGAACACUUCCAUUGCGGUGAAUUUUGACUCCGAUAUUACGGAUGGAGCAGUCAUGCCGGGACCAUCAGCGGAGCACUCUACGGCGCAUCGAAGGCGAAGUGGUGGUGGUUGGAGCGCAGGGAGCGGAGGCGCCAGUCCGGCGCUCCCUGGAAGCAGACAGUCCGGCAGCAUUGAUCGGCCGCUUAGUCCACCACCGGUGACGAGGCAGAGAUUAGCCAGCAAUGCCAGCAGAUUCUCGGGAAUCUCGCAGGACGGUGUGGAUGGGCCCUCACGGUCAAAUUCAACGGCAAACACCAAUGGCACUGGGGCGUUGUCUGCGGCCCAAAAGUAUCAGGCCGCAACUGAAGCACGAAGAGCCUCCUUAACCCCCGGCCAAUCACCACCUGCUCCAACAGAUCAAGGCACAAACCCCAAUUCCGUUCUGCUCGAGUCUCCUGGGAACGCCUCUGUUCUCAUGCCAGCACCUGCCAAUACCCAAUCGACCGCCCUUGCAGCCAAAGCUUCCCGGCGGAAAUCCGCGGCCAGCUCCCAGCACAGGAGACAGCUACAUAUCAAUGCCCUCUACGGUGAACCCUCUGUGCGGAUCCAAUUGGGCACCAGGAUGACCUUACACAUGAGAAUGAAACUACCCCACAGCAAGGAGAUGAGGGAACAAGCCGUGGUCGUCACCGAAGUCUCCCGUCCAGACGAUCCGCAAGACGACCCAGGACAAGCUGCCCUUCAGCGCACGCAGACCCAUACGGCCUCUAUAUCCGGUGUGUAUAGACUGGUGUGGAGCAGUACCGGCUCUUACAACCCCCCAAAGAGCUACCCUCGGUUUUUGUUACAGACGCAACGCGUGCACGAAAUACGACCGUACACCUCUGGCGACGGCAAGGAAAUGUGCGAGUACUGGGACUGGGAGUGCCAGAAGGGCAUGUUGUCAAAGAGGAACAAGAAGGAGAGUGCAUACAUGGAGGAGAGGAUGGCGGAAUGGGGGAGGAUGCUCGGCGAGUUCUGCGAGAGUAUGGGCGGCGCGGUGGAGAGGCGAGAUUUCAGCGUCGCAUGA